AAUAAAUUCAACAAGUUCGUAAUUAACAAUAUCACGACUUCUCCAAUUACCAAAGGGUCUCAUGCCACACCAAAGAGCAUACAUAUAGACCACCAAGUUUCAUUCUUUUUCGGCUAAGUAGAAGAAGAAUAAAAUGAAGAGAGAAAACAACCUCGUUCUCAGCUUACUCUUCUUUGUAAUCGUCUUCCUGAUGCAGGUCGGAGAAGCACAAAAUAGGAUAACCAAUGUAAAUGUGGGAAUCGUGAAUGAUAUCGGAACGGCUUACUCCAACAUGACUUUGCUCUGUAUCAACAUGUCUCUUUCUGAUUUCUACUCUUCUCAUCCAGAAACCCAAACAAGGCUUGUAACCACCGUUGUUGACUCCAAAAAUGAUGUUGUUACCGCAGCAGCAGCAGCUCUUGAUCUGAUAACGAACAAGGAAGUGAAAGCGAUUCUAGGGCCAUGGACUUCGAUGCAGGCUCAAUUCAUGAUUGAGAUGGGACAAAAAUCUCAGGUGCCGAUUGUUACGUAUUCUGCAACAAGUCCGUCCCUCGCUUCCAUCCGUAGUCAAUACUUCUUUCGGGCUACGUAUGAUGAUUCAUCUCAAGUGCACGCCAUUAAAGAAAUCAUCAAACUUUUUGGUUGGAGAGAGGUUGCACCUGUAUAUGUUGACGACACAUUUGGCGAAGGUAUAAUGCCUCGUCUUACAGAUGUGUUACAAGAGAUUAACGUUCGUAUACCUUAUAGGACCGUGAUCUCUCCCAAUGCCACGGAUGAUGAAAUAUCUGUGGAACUUCUCCGGAUGAUGACUCUACCCACUAGAGUAUUUGUUGUCCACCUUGUUGAAUUGCUUGCCUCAAGAUUUUUUGCGAAAGCUACGGAAAUUGGUUUGAUGAAACAAGGAUAUGUCUGGAUCCUCACCAACACAAUUACCGAUGUUCUAAGUAUCAUGAACGAGACGGAAAUUGAAACAAUGCAAGGGGUAUUGGGUGUAAAGACUUAUGUCCCAAGAUCCAAAGAGCUUGAAAACUUUAGAUCUCGAUGGACGAAGAGAUUCCCAAUUUCUGACCUGAACGUAUAUGGAUUAUGGGCAUAUGAUGCCACCACUGCAUUGGCAUUGGCCAUCGAAGAAGCUGGGACAUCAAAUUUGACAUUUGUCAAGAUGGAUGCCAAGAGGAACGUGUCUGAACUCCAGGGUCUAGGUGUAUCUCAAUAUGGUCCAAAACUUCUCCAGACGCUCUCUCGAGUUCGGUUCCAAGGUCUUGCUGGUGAUUUCCAAUUUAUCAAUGGAGAAUUGCAGCCAUCAGUCUUUGAGAUUGUUAAUGUGAAUGGGCAAGGAGGAAGGACCAUAGGAUUCUGGAUGAAAGAGUAUGGUCUCUUUAAGAACGUGGACCAAAAACCAGCUAGCAAGACCACUUUCUCUUCUUGGCAAGAUCGACUCAGACCAAUUAUAUGGCCUGGAGACACUACUUCCGUACCCAAAGGAUGGGAAAUCCCGACAAAUGGGAAAAGGCUGCAGAUAGGCGUCCCAGUUAAUAACACUUUUCAACAAUUUGUGAAAGCUACUAGGGAUCCUAUCACCAAUUCAACAAUUUUCAGUGGAUUCAGCAUCGACUACUUUGAGGCUGUAAUUCAAGCGAUUCCCUAUGAUAUUUCCUAUGACUUCAUUCCUUUCCAAGAUGGUGGUUAUGAUGCCUUAGUCUACCAAGUGUAUCUUGGGAAAUAUGAUGCUGUUGUGGCAGAUACAACAAUAUCGUCAAAUAGGUCAAUGUAUGUUGAUUUCUCAUUGCCAUACACACCAUCAGGCGUAGGUCUUGUCGUCCCUGUUAAAGACAGUGUUAGAAGAAGCAGUACCAUCUUUUUGAUGCCUUUGACUUUGGCACUUUGGCUAAUCAGCCUUUUGUCCUUUUUCAUUAUUGGUCUUGUCGUAUGGGUUCUUGAACAUAGGGUAAAUCCAGACUUUGAUGGGCCUGGCCAGUAUCAACUCAGCACUAUCUUCUGGUUUUCUUUCUCCAUUAUGGUCUUUGCGCCGAGAGAACGAGUGCUUAGCUUCUGGGCAAGGGUCGUGGUUAUCAUUUGGUACUUCUUAGUACUUGUGUUAACUCAGAGUUACACUGCUAGUUUGGCGUCGCUUCUUACAACACAACACCUUCAUCCAACGGUAACCAAUAUAAAUAGCUUGCUGGCAAAAGGAGAAUCUGUUGGAUAUCAAAGUUCUUUCAUUUUGGGAAGACUCAGGGACUCAGGUUUCUCAGAGGCUAGUCUUGUAUCCUAUGGGUCACCAGAACACUGUGAUGCGCUACUGAGCAAAGGACAAGCAGAAGGUGGUGUUUCUGCGGUUUUAAUGGAAGUACCUUACGUGAGAAUUUUUCUGGGACAAUACUGUAACAAGUACAAAAUGGUUCAAACUCCGUUCAAGGUCGAUGGAUUAGGCUUUGUCUUUCCCAUUGGAUCCCCUCUAGUGGCUGAUAUUUCAAGGGCCAUUCUAAAAGUGGAAGAGUCGAACAAGGCAAACCAACUCGAGAAUGCAUGGUUCAAGCCAAUCGAUGAAAGCUGCCCAGAUCCACUCACCAACCCCGAUCCAAAUCCUUCAGUAUCCUUCCGGCAACUUGGCUUUGAUAGUUUUUGGGUUUUAUUCCUUGUUGCCGCCAUAGUUUGCACUAUGGCAUUGUUGAAAUUUGUGUAUCAAUUCUUGAAGGAGAACCCAAAUCAAAGGAACCUGCGAGUAUUGUGGGAAAAGUUCAAUGAGCCGGAUCAAAAGUCAUACAUAAAAGAUGUGACGAAAUGUCAAUGCUCCUCAGGUCAAGGCAUGCCAAAGAAUGGCCAAGAAGGAGCAAACGCAGUAAACAAUGGCAAUUAAAGUUAGCACAUCUAUUGUUUUCCUUUCUUAUUUCAAACAAAGGUUUCAUUACAUCUUUGAAAAUUCCAAACAAAAGAGACACCUCCGAGGAUCCUGAUGAU